AUGUCAAAUUCAAACAAAAAACCAAAGCUAAGAGUGGCAAUCAUCGGCGCCGGCCCAGCAGGCCUAGGAGCGGCGAUUGAAUUUCAAAAGCUCCCCUUCGUUGAUCUCCGCAUCUACGAGCAAGCCCGAGAGUUGCGUGAGGUCGGUGCCGGCAUCAGUAUCCAGCGGAACACCUGGCGCAUGUUAGACGCGUUGGGUGUAUACGAUAAUAUCGAUCGGGACAGUGUGUUCAGCGCCGCAGAUGGCCACUCCGUGCAACAUCGAAAUGGCCGAACGGGAGAAUUACUCCAGUCCAGCGGACAACGUGACACGCCCCCUCGCCAUAAGCAUGCCAGGGCCUUACGCUCUGUACUCCAGCAAGCGCUGUUGAAGGGCGUAGAUAAAACAAAGCUACGGCUUUCGAGUCGCCUUGUUGAGAUCCGCGAAUUGCCGAAGAAGGCAUUAUCGUUGCGCUUUGAGGAUGGACAUCUCGAUGAAGUAGACCUUCUUAUAGGAGCUGAUGGCGUUCGAUCGGUUGUCCGCCAAUUCUCCUUCCCCGACCAUCAUAUCGGCUAUACCGGUACAACGGCCUUCCGGGCCCUAGUCAACGCGAGCGAUGUUCUGAGCAUCCCUAACUUCCCUGACGCCGUGACCUUCUGGCAUGGCCCGACCAGGUGGGUAUAUACUUGCAAUCUCAAUAAGGGUAUAUACGAGAUUACAGCGAGAACGGACCUUCCAGAGACCAGCGAGACGGUCAGUUGGGGGCAAGAUGCUAGUCCGGAGGAGUUUAUAGCGUUAUAUAAGGACUUUGGACCAAUUAUCCAAGACGUCCUUAGUAAAGUGGGAGAAGUGAAGAAAUUCCCUCUCUUCGCAGGACCGCGUCUGUCAAAGGUCGUCUCACAUGGUUCUAUUGCUUUGAUUGGGGAUGCAUCUCAUCCGUUAUCUGGAGCAUUUGGCGCUGGAGCGGGAUUCGCUUUGGAAGACGCGUAUGUGCUCGCCCGCGCAGUGACUAGGGCACAUGAACGCGCCCUUCCGGUCAGCAAUGCUUUGGCUCUGUAUGAUAAAGUCCGAUCGCCACAUUAUAAGGACAUGUAUGAUAUUCUGGAUGGCUUCGGGAGAUCCGAUACCGCAAUCAAGGGCUUAACCUCCUUUGACGAGAUUGUAGUGGCUAAUGUCCAGAAUAAAUGGACGGAUGCUCACGAUUGGCUAUAUCACUAUAACGUCCAAGAAGUAUGGAAAAAGGCCUACGAGGAGGAGGAUGCUCGUCGCAUACCAAGGAUUAACGAUGCAAAGGAGGUUGAUGUACAUUCUCGUUUGUAG